GUAGGAACAUCCUAGAUUGACUGAUCUUACAGCACGUUUGUUGCUACGAUGGCAGAUGCUGUCCUUCAGUCAGCUCGGUCAGCACUCAAAGAGGAGCGCUUCUUUGACGGCGUGCAGCUGAUCAACAGCGCCCUGGAGGCACAGCAGGCUAUCGUGAUCAAGCCCGGCUCAGGUGGCUAUGCGGCGGAGGCUGCCACAGAAGUCGACAACCAGGAGAUUCUGCAAAAUCCAGAAGCGUUCCUGAUGCGUGUGCUGCCUUCCCUCCAAUCAUCACAGCGUCAGCUUUUAGCAGACCUUUUUGCUUUGCGCACAGACUUGCUGAUUGGCCUGGGUGCAUUGAAGCGGGCUGUUCUCGAUAUCAGCGCGGCCUUGCUACUGACACCCGAAAACGAAGCAAUGUCAAUCAAGAAGAUGCAGAUCGAAGGCCUGCUGAAGUCGGGUGCCUCCAGUGUGGGCUCUGCAAAGACUCCCACUACGAUUAUCACGGGCUUCUUGGGUGCCGGCAAGACCACCCUGCUGAACUACAUUCUGGAUGUCAAUCAUGGCAAAAAGAUAGCCAUCAUCGAAAAUGAAUUUGGUGAGGUUGGGAUAGAUGAUGCCCUUCUAAACACAAAAAGUGCUGUAACCGAGGAGAACAUCAUCGAGAUGAACAAUGGAUGCAUUUGCUGCACAGUUCGGGGUGAUCUCAUUGCUGGGUUGAAAAAGCUCCACAAGCAAACCACUGGGAAGGGCAAGCCACUCGAUGGAAUCAUCAUCGAAACGACUGGCUUGGCUGACCCUGCUCCAGUGGCCCAGACCUUUUUUGCGGAUGAUUUCGUGAGUGCCAAUAUGGUGUUGGAUGGAAUUCUUACUGUGGUGGACGCAAAACAUAUCGUGGGUCAGCUGCAGGAGGAGAAACCGCAAGGUGCAGUCAAUGAAGCUGUCGAGCAGAUAGCCUUUGCCGACCGAAUUUUGCUCAACAAGACAGAUUUGGUCGGGGAGGCUGACUUGCUCAAGGUGGAGGCCGAAAUUCGCCACAUCAACAAGACGGCCGCAAUCCGGAAGACACAAAAUUCCCGUGUGGACAUGGACUUCAUUUUGGGCAUCAAGGCCUUCUCACUGGAAAAGAUCCUGAUGCAGAUCAGUCAAAAUUUGGAAGAGGAGCUAGUUGCUGAGCAUGGUUCGGGCCACGGCGACCACGGCGGCCACGGCGGCCACGGCCAUGAAGGACAUGCUCAUAGCCACAGUCAUGAUGAGGACUGCGAGGAGUGUGGCCAUUCCACACACCGUCGCCAUGACUACAGGGUCAGCUCAGUGGGAAUCCAGCGGGACCGAGAAGUGCAGAAGGAUAAGCUUGACACCUUCAUCAGCUGGUUGGUGCAGAACAAAGGGCCUGACCUUUACCGUUCAAAAGGAGUCUUGGCUGUGAAUGGCAUGUCCCACAAGUUUGUGUUCCAUGCGGUGCACAUGCAGUUCAGUGGCAAGCCGCAAGAACCAUGGAGAGAAGGUGAGAAGAGGCAGUGCAAGAUGGUGUUUAUUGGAAAAAAUUUGGAUCGGGAAGAGCUGAACAAGAAGUUCGACGAAUGCCUGGUGAAGUGAUAUUGAACCGCAGCAAAGCAGACCAUAGCAAACUGCCGAAGGAACGACAACAAAGAGAUCAAUCUGGCAAUGCUCAGCUUAGCCGCUGAGCCCCAGGAGCACAAGUGAUUCUUGGCCUAAAACUUACUUUAGUUCGAGCUAUCUCCACGCGACAAAAAGAUCAAAGAGAGAAGCGCACAACGCAUAGGGGCUCGUGAUUUGUGUGGUUCCCUUGACCAGUCUGGAGCCCUUGAACUCCUUCGGGCAGUGAUGUCCUUUCCCCGUUAGUUUUUUUGUGCAGUCAUGCGCCAUUUCGGUUUGAGUGUUUCAAGUCGCACCAUGACCCACAAUGUGCCCGUGACCUUUCUUUGGGUAUAGUAUGGAGCCCUGAAGCCACGCCCAAAUGUGUUUGUCUGGUUCUGAGAAGCAACAAGGGCUUGAGGCAGCCUGUUGGCUGGAUGGACGGACCUUGCCAAAGUGAUCUCUUGAGGGAAAAUUGCUUCAAGUUGUUUCGUUAAGCAUCAAGCCGUUGGUUGGGAGGGCCCUUGAAGCGC